AUGGAUGGAGUUAUUGUACACUUGAGUCAAACACCAGCCAAUUCCUUUCCGGUUUUUGGUAGUAUAAACCUCUACAGUUAUAACGAACCCGGAAGAAAGGUGGUUAUAAAAGUGGAAACGAAUCCUUAUGGUAUCAAGGGAUUUACAAGGUGUGAACACUAUUCAGAAGGCGGACAUUGCAUUGAAAGGAUAAUAGGUUUAAAGGGUAAUUACUCUGGUUUUCAAGACAAGGUGGAUGGCAUUUUUUCAGUGUCCAUUUAUUAUUGGAGUAGUGAUUCUCAGUUUCACAAUCCUCUGGUUAUCCAACUUGAUCAUGAUACCAACAAGUGUUAUUCUAAUGAGGGUAGAGGUAAAUGGGUUUAUAAUGCUCUAACUGGGGGAACAUCUGACAUUGUUGAACUUUUAGACAAGGAGAAUUGUAGAUGGAAUAAGGCACAUGUUUUGGAUUUUUCUGAACAUAAAUCACCAAGUUACAAGUGUUUUGUUUGCAAAAGUGAUGUAUUUUCCAUAACUAUGACUGAUUAUAAAAAUGAGUAUCUCACUACAUGUUACAUUUCGAUUUCUGCACAAAACUCCGUUUCAAAGUUUAGGGAAGGGAGUGUUGAUCAAAGUGGACUUCCUCCUCUGAAAAACAUUGAUAAAAUUUAUGUUUUCUCUUUCUUAUCCUUGUAUAAAAGUCCUCUUGUUGUCUACUUUUUCACACAAGGGAGACAUAGUUGGUAUUAUAGAUAUCAAGGGGAUCCAAAAUGGACUGAAAAGGGCCUAUCCAAGGGUCCAACUGAGAUGGGUUUUGUUAAAUCAUCGCUAGAGAAAUACUCUAUACCUGAUAUGGAUGUCGAUGUCUAUAAGGGUGAAGCGAAAUAUAGGGGCACGGGAACAAUUUUGUAUUUGGAGCUCAAAGAGGUUUAUGUGGGAACAAAGAUUCACAAACGGUCAUUUAUGGUCAAGGGAUUAUAUGGUGGCUUUAAUCUCAAGGAUCUUUGUCAUGCUGGAGAAAAGCUAAAUGGAAUAUCCUCCAAAAAAUCACUGAUUGGAUUCUCUGUUUAUUAUUCUGAUCUUGACAAGGGAGAAUGCUUUCCACUUGCAAUUUCUCUCUGUGAAAAGGAUGAAGUUUGUGAAUAUUUUAAAAGGGAGGAUUAUUCUACACCCUGUGAAAAAUGGGUAAAAUGUACUAAAGUUACGAAUGAAAAUCAACUAUGUGAUGAAAUCAAAGUUCUCUGUGAGAAUUUGAAGAAUUUUGCUAUUAUUCAGACAAAUGUAGAUGAUGAAGGCUAUCCCUUCAAUGUAGAUUAUAGCACUGCGGAUGACCUUGAAAUUGCUGUAUCCACGUACAAUCAGGAUGAGAAUAAGGUAUAUGAUAAAUUUACUCACCACAUGAAAAACGGAACGCUGCUAAACAUUUUAACGACAAAACAUAAUGGCAACUAUAUUAAAUUCAAAUCACAUUUUUUGCCAAUAAAAUGUAUGGAGGCUUCCGUCUAUUUUUGGUCUCGGGAUAAAGGUCAUAAAAAUCCUCUGAUUCUGGAGCUAAAAUCAUCUCAAAGCUCUAUUUCUCCCUAUUUUGUCUACGAUAAAGAUUGUUGGAAGAAUGUAAAAUUAAUUAGCGGUGGUGUGAGGGGGAUUUUGGAUAAACAAAAUUGCCUAGUGAAUCAUGCACAUAUUGUAGACAUUUCAGAAAAGAUUACGGGGUCGUAUCCAUGUCCAUCUGGUUGUAACAAAGGUUUUAUAAAUGUUAUAACGAGCGAUUUUAGGGGGUAUUCGGUAUCAAAACACUAUUCAUCUUCUGGUUUACUUUCCAUAACCCAGACAAGGUAUGAUUAUAAGGAUCAGAUUGGACUACCAACUCUCUUGGGCGUUGAAUGCAUCUAUGUUUUCCACUACCCUGAAGGUACUGCAAAUGCAUCUCUUUUGUACAUUCCCUCUGGGAAGGGUUCAUGGUAUAAGAGAAAAUCUGGUGAUGUGUGGGAGCUGGAACCGGACUUGGACCAUAGAUUUGUAAACUAUCCUGCAAAAAUUUUAUACAAACUCCAAGAGCUAUCAAGAACAUUGGCACAUAAAUCAGAGUCGGUAGGGCCAAGAGCCUCCAGUGAAAGCACUUCUGAGAAUGCUUCAAUCACAAUGGCUGCAGUCAUUGGAGUAAUGGUGGGAUGUUUUAUAGGAUUGGAAAUUAUGACAAUGAUUAAAACCCCAAGAAGUAGUUUUGUUGUAAAAAUAAUUGAUAAUAUUAGAGGCUACCGAUGGUAG